AUGUCUUCCAAUAAUGACCCUGUUGCAAUUCCAGUGACAGAAGUAAAUCCCAGUGACCAUCCUGGAAUGGACACCAGUGACCAGAACAUAUUGACUGGAGAGGCUGUGUUAAGUUUUCAUAACAUCAGUUACCUAGAAAGAGUGCAGCAUGGAUUUGCAUGUUGUAAAAAAACAAGUGUGAUAGAAAGACUAUCAAAUAUCAGUGGGAUCAUGAAAGCUGGCCUCAAUGCCAUUAUGGGACCUAAUUAUGAGAGCAGAUCAUUGUUAUUAGAUGUCUUAGCUGCAAGGAAAGAUCCACGUGGAUUAUCAGGAGAUAUUUUGAUAAAUGGAAAACCUCGACCUGCUAAUUUCACAUGUACUUCUGGUUAUGUGACACAAAAUGACGUGGUGAUGCACACACUGACUGUGAGAGACAACAUAGAGUUCUCAGCAGCUCUUCAACUGUCAAUGACUAUGACAAGAGAUGAAAAAGGAAGGCGGAUUAAUGAGGUCCUUGAACUUCUGCAUCUGGAUGAAGUGGCAAAUGUUAAGCCUAGGUCUAAAGAACUUGAGAAAAGGACCAGUAUAGCAAUGGAGCUGGUCACCCAGCAUCCCAUUUUGUUCUUGGAUGAUCCCACCACUGGCUUAGACUGGAGCACUACUACUGAUGUCAUCUCAGUCCUGAGAAGGAUGUCUAUGAGGGGACAGACAAUCAUCUUCUCCAUUAAUCAGCCCCCGUACUCCAUCUUCAGACUCUUUGACAGCCUCACCUUGGUGGCCUCAGGAAAAGUCAUGUUUCACGGGCCUGCACAGGAGGCUUUGGAGUACUUCAAAUCUGCAGGUUAUGAAUAUGAUUCCCACAACAACCCUGCAGACUUCUUCCUGGACAUCAUUAACGGAGGUUUUUCUGCUCUAUUAGACACAGAGAAAGAUGGCCAUGAUGUCAACAAAUAUAAAGAACUUUCUGAGAGACAGCACCAAGUCAGAGAAAACUUAGCCAAUAUGUAUACCCAGUCCUCCUCAUACAGAAAAAUGAAAGAUGAACUGGAUCCACUCUUAAGGAAACCAAAGGCAGGGAGGAGCUCAGCCUUGCAGAUCACGUGUGUCACUUCUUUCUGGCAUCAGCUUCAAUGGAUUAUCUGUCGUUCAUUUGAAAAUUGCCUGGGUUUUCCAAGGGCCACUGGGAUCCAGGCAAUUAUCACAUUCUUACUGGCCGUGAUUGUGGGUACCAGUUUCCUUGUCCUACGAAAUGUUUGUACCGAAGUCCAAACAAGAGCAAACCUCCUCUUCUUGCUCACGGUCUUCCAGUGCUUCACAAGUGUGUCUACCGGAGAUCUCUUCAUGAUUGACAGGAAUCGCUUUCUACAUGAGCACACCAGUGGAUAUUACAGAGUGUCAUCAUAUUUCCUUGGGAAAUUGUUCGGUGAGCUGGUACCCAGAAGGUUAUUCCCAAGUAUUAUAUUUACUGUUAUAGUAUUCAGCAUAGCAGGAGUAAAUACAGAUGUGAAGGGUUUCUUCACUAUGUUUUUUACUGUCAUGAUGUUGGCUUAUUCGGCCAGCUCACUGCCACUGUGUUUCAAAGCAGGGGGGAAUGCAGUGGCUGUACCAACUCUAUCUGUGACCAUCUACUUUGUGUUCAUGCUGGUUUUCUCAGGUCGGUCACUAUAUUCUGGAAGCUUCUUACCUGGGCUCUCAUGGAUUCAGUACUUGAGCAUUCCGCAUUAUGGGUUUACAGCUUUGAUGCACAAUGAAUUCUUGGGACAAAACUUCUGUCUAGAAAAUAACACAGCAGAACUCAGGAGAUGUCGCAACUAUGUGAUAUGCACUGGAGAAGAAUUCUUGACGAGCCAGGGCAUCAACCUCUCAUCAUGGGGCUUCUGGGAGAAUCACGUGGCCUUAGCUUGUAUAACAAUUAUCCUCCUAUCAUUUACCUAUGUGCAAUUAUUACUAUCUAAGAAAGCAGAAGUUCUUAGGUCUUGUAGGAGGAAGUUUCAAUAG